GCUUGUAAUGUACUUUAUACUUACUAAUAGCCCCCGUUUAGCUUAUUCUGGCAGAAUGGUAACUUCGGAGCCCUACACUGAGCUUGGUUGACGUGCUCUUGGCCGAUUUUUUAGUAUUAUUUUGAUAUUAUUAUCUGUAUUGUGAUACUAAGUGGCCUCGACCUUUCGAUAAUAGAAGUUGAUAGGUAUAUAAGCGGUUUGUAUGGACUCUACUUCCUUUUCAUAUCACUAGUAACGAAGAGACCAAGGCAUAUCGGCCGCCAUUGAACACACUUUUUUGAAUUCAUAAAAAUCGAAAUCAUGGAGAUGGAUUACCCUCAAUUAUACAGGCAAGUCGCUUUCCUUCCCAAACGAGACGCAAAUAUAGCCUUAAGAGAAUUCUCUAUUAACCAUAAAUGGCGAGAAAACGCGUUUAUUGUUGACUUUGGAAGCGGCGAUGGAAGCACAACUGCAACCGUAUUGGAAAAGCAUCUGCCUGUCUGUUACAAUAAGAUAAUAGGUUGCGACAUAAGCGCAAAAAUGGUUGAAUAUGCGAAUGAAAACUAUGGAACUAACAAGAUUGAGUUUAUCGAGUGGGAUAUUACGCAGGAAAUACCGCAACACCUGAGAGGAGCCUUUGAUCAUGCGUUCUCCUCGUACACGUUACAAAGGAUCAAACAACAGAAGCACGCUUUCUCGAAUAUCUAUGAUUCCUUGAAGGAAGGUGGUAGCUGUCUUCUUCUUAUCCUUGGACGUUAUCUCGUUUACGAUAUCUUUCGCUCUCUUUCCCGUACAAAGAAAUGGGCCGAAGACCUUAAGGACGUCGAUAUCUUUAUCUCACCGUAUCAUGAUUCGCAGAUUUGGUCAAGACUAUCAAUCCAUUCAGUAUUCUCAAUAAGAGAUGGGACGGAUUCAUGGCAGAUUAUUUCAAGUUGAAUCCCAACGCUAGAAAAGUCGAUUACGAACUCAUUGUAGCUAAAGCUGUGAAAUAAAUAAAUUUCACUAGAUAUCCUAAGAAAUAUGUGUACCUACUAUAACAAAUACUGUUUAAAUCUUUCCGUUUCCUCGCGGGCACCGAGUAUAAAAAUAAAAGUUAUAAAUACUA